AUGGACUUGACCGGUGUCUGUAACAAAUCUAAUGAAGACGCGACCAGACUCCAUUGGCAGACAUCAAGCAGUUCCAGUGAAGGCAGCGGGGAGGAGGAUAGUUCUAGUGAUGACAAUCCUUCAACACCCAUACCUCCGAGACAGAGAAAAACUUCAGAUGAGCUUGAUGCUGACUAUAUUCCCAACGAAGAGGAGGUCUCAAAUGAAGAGAAGAAAGAGGAGGCAUGCUCUACAGGAAACACAGAGGAAGCUCCGGUGGCUGAAUCAUCUGUUUCACAGAAGCGGAAACGAGGGCCACGAGGUCCCAAUCAGCUGAAGGCCGGUGCAGUCAUGUACAUAACAAAGCUCAAUGCAGAGGGGUUUCCUGAAGAACCACUUGAUGUGGUUACAAAGUUCCGAAAUGCCUGUGGGGCUAUUGUCAGAGAUAUAGUGCCAAUCACACUUCAGAAGUGGAAGGAUUUGGAUGAGGACACCCGCAAUAGGCUAUGGACUAAGUUGUCAGAGUCAUUCAGGGUCCCGAAAGGCACGGAGGAUGCAGUAAGGAAGUCGAUGCUCUCUGCUAUGGCCAGGAGGUUUCGUGGGUGGAAGGUUGAGAUGAAUAGGGAUUUUGUUAAGAAGAACAGGGUUCCUCCGCCGAAGAAAAUGGGAAAAAUCACACAAGCUCAGUGGGAGGAAUUUGUUCGUCAGAAGACCGAACCGAAGGCCAAAGAGCUGAGCGAAACUAAUUCUCAGAGAGCAAAGAAGAACAAACACCCCCAUCGCCUCGGGUCAACCGGAUAUCUCCCUAAAGCAAUGGAGUGGAACAGGAUAAUUGAGGAAGCUAUGGCCAAUGGCACUUUGGACCCAUUAUUAAAAGAUAUCGAUGAGCGAGCUCUUUGUUGGAUCUUAGCUCGUGCAGGUUUGACUAAUGAGGGCAAACUGUUGCAUCCACAAUUGGUUGGUGAAGUUGCAGAAAAAGUUCAAGAAUAUGCAGAAAAGAGAAAGAAGGGCGAGUUUAAGCCUCGGAGGGAGAAUGACAUACUAACUGCAGCACUUGGCACUCCUGAACACACUGGACGGGCUCGGGGAAUCUCUUCUAAGAUUUCCUGGAGAGAGGCAUUUCCAGAGUAUGCAGCGUCAUACAGGAAACAUGAGAAGGCGAAAAGGACCCUUGAAGAGGCUAUUGAUGAAAGGGUACAGAAGGCUAUUAAUGAAGCAAUGAAGAGAAUGAAGGAAACAGGAUGUGUACCGAGUGAACAGCAUCCAGGCCCCAUGAGUCCACCUCUAGUCCCUAGCAGUGUAGGAUCUGUGCAAAGCUUGGGAUCGGGCACCAAGUUCCCUGUAGACUUCAUUGUUGAGGACACGCCUUGCCGUCUUCAUAUUCCAAUCAAUCGAUCUGGGACAAAAACAAAACAGGCUGCUAUUGGUGUGGUAAAACCAGGACUGCUUUGCUGCAAUGAUAGUCCUGUUCCGCCAUUCUAUGCUGUGGUCCAAGUUCUAGAGAUCAUAGAUAGUGGUUGUGAAGAUUGGGAGAUAGACUAUCCAGUUGAGGGGAUCAUGACUUUGCAGCAAGCAAAAGAUAGUUCAAUCCCCAUGGUGCAGGAAAGUAUAGCACCGGCCUCCCACAAAACUAGUGAAACAGUCAUAUCACCUCUGAAGAAGGCAGUUGAGGAGGGGGAUGUGGACAGAAUUGUUCCUCAGAAUGUUGAUGCUGACAUUAGAAAGGAAGCAAAGGUUGACACCAAUGUUGCAAGGCCAAGUACUUCAAAGAAAAUUCAUCAACAAAUAGCCACUGACAAUGUCAAGAAACCGACAGAAGUUGUGACACGCUACUUGGAAAGGUUGAAGAGAGUUAUGACAGAUCAGUCAAAAGCAGAAUCAGCAUCUUGUGGAGUACGCACACGGUCCCAAUUAAAAGACAAGCUCGAGGUAUGGGAAGAAGAUGGAAUGAUUCAUACUCGAGAUUCAUUACGUCUUCAAGUCGAUAUCCCGAUAUACAAGAAGGAGGAUGUUCCUCCUAAAUUUGUGAAUGGGAGGCCGUUCUUGACAACGGUGCAACUUUCUAAGUUGUCGGCUGCAGAGAUUACAAUGCAUGAGUGGAUGCAGUACAUAGAUGGUAAGAAGAAACAACUUCAGACAGGGUUUCUUGAUCCAUUGAUGAUAUCCCAAGCUCGCUACAAAGAAGUUGUUCGGAGACAUGGAGAAGAAUACAAGGACCUUGAUGAUGAUGAAUUUGAGAGAGCAAGUGGUACAGCCAUGGUCUUCGACUCGCUGAGAAUGGAAAAGGAUGCAUAUAAUGACUUCUUGAGGAUUUUAGAGAAGUAUGACUAUUUUACACUUGUAAUUACAACUUAG